CCGAACCUACCUUCUGACGUUUAUUUUUCAGAUGAUUAUUUUUUCCCAAAACGCAAGCAAUCUUUUUGCAAAAAGGAACUACGUUUUGUAUCUUGGUUCGUGAGCACAUCGAUUGAUCAUGGAUUGACCAUUAAAAAAAAAGCCUGAAAUGAUUCUGAGGGUCUGAAAUAAACGAAGUAAAGAUGCGGAUAAUUGACAUGUCAUCGUAUCGUACGUAAGUAAAUGCAUUGCGCGAAAACAGCAUACAACCACAAUCUCUGUGUACACAAACAUGGCGGAUUCGUAUAACCCUUUUUAUGUUGAUGACGAGGAAGAUGCAGUUGAAGACAGCAUCGUGGCUGCCGUAGAGGCUCCUACAAUUACUCAACAAGAUGCAAAGACUGUGCCCGUUGUUGGUGGUAGCGAUGAACCGGUCGGCAAGGCUGUAGUAGUGGCAGGCGGACCGGUACAACCGACUGAGCCAAGUUACGAUGUGAUUGCUACAAAAUUGCUGAAGGAUCGGAUGGUAUUGACAGCAUUGGAGCUGCACACCGAACUGAUUGAAAGUGGCCGAGAGCUUCAUCGACUCAGAGAUUACUUCUCCAAUCCUGGGAACUUUGAACGUCAAGAUAUCUCCUUACAGCAGCAACUGCAUCGGACAUCUAGCGAGACCACUUUUGACUCAUUGGAUCUUGCAAGAUAUUCUGAUGAUGGCGUUAACCAAUCGGACGACAAGUAUGCCGUGCUUGAGUUUGAACUACGGAAAGCCAAGGAUACCAUCAAGUCACUCAGAGCGAAUCUGACUGAGGCUGCAGAAAGUGAAGUUCCUUCACCGAUCCAUACCAAGAAGACAGCAGAAGGAAUCAUAGCUGAGGAGACUAUGAAGCCUCUGGAGAGAAGAGCCCUUAAUUAUCUGACUAACGAGUUCUUACUACAUCAUGGGUACAGGUUGACCUCCAUAACAUUCUGUGAUGAGAAUGAAGAACAGGAUUUUGACGAUUGGGACGACGUCGGUUUAAAUCGGUCCAGACCACCAGAUCUCCUCCAUUUAUACCGUGACUAUAAUCGACAUGUGAUCCCAACUAAGGAGACAGCGGAGGUAGGAUGUGGAGAUGAUAGCAUCAUUGAAGAGCAAUCGGAAGAAGUGGAGGCGGACCUCGGAAUGGCUAUGGACGAGGAGAGACAGAAACUUGAAGACCAGGUUUCGCAACUACAGCAAGAUCUGAGCAGUCAGUCCGAGGAGAACCAAACUCUGAGGGAACAAUUACUGAAGACUCAACAGGAGGUAGAAUCCUUACAGAUCCCAAAGACCUCAACUCCCAGUAUUAGCCCUAUCAACACACCACAUAAAUCUCAUCACAUCAAUGGUAACAUGGAGGCAGAAUUCUCUUCAAAGGAUGGGGAUGGUGAUUCAACUCCAAGAACGGCAGCUGAAGGGACCGAGGGCAAUGAGUGUACAGAUUUAGCCAGCAAUCUCCCUGAGGAAGAUUCAGAUUCUCAGGGUCUCAAAUCAACACCUGGGGAGGAGGAUGAAACAGACGGACCAACGAAAGAAACACCAAGUGAGAUGACGCCAUUCCAGCGUGCAAUCCUUGAAUCUGUCUUGCCAGUAACCGAUACAUCCCAGGCACGUCUUCGAGAAGAAGUGUCUCGAAUUGCUGAGAAUCAAGAAGGAGUUGUGGAGAUGCUUGCAAGAUGCUUGCCUCAUAUCGUACCCAAUGUACUCAUUGCUAAGAGAGAGGAGCUAGUUCCUCUGAUCGUGAGUACCGUCACCCUACACCCCGAUCCCAACGAGAGAGAUAAACUCUUAAAUCUCCUCUUCAAUCUCAUCAAGAAACCGGACCAAGAGCAGAGGAAUGUUAUUUUGAGUGGCUGUGUAGCAUUUGCUAAGCACGUUGGUCCAGAGAGAGCAGAAGCUGAACUCCUACCUCAAUGCUGGGAACAAAUUACUCAUAAGUUUCAAGAGAGACGUCAGCUGGUGGCGGAAUCAUGUGGUGCUCUCGCUCCUUAUCUACCGAGAGAGAUUCGAAGUUCCUUAGUGUUGUCUAUGCUUCAGCAGCUCUUGCAAGAUAAGACGGACUGCGUCAGGGAAGUUGCAGUCCGUAGUGUGGGUCUAGUCUUCGCUCUCACUGAAGACACGGACAAAUAUAAUCAAGGUCUGGAGCUGGUUUUAUCAAUGCUUGAAGAUUCUUCAGAAGCAGUCUUAGUAGCAACAAGACAAGUAUUCCUCCCAGCAUUUGCAUCUUGGGCUUUCAAACUUGGUCGUCUGGAAUCCAACCUCGUUACAGCCGUGUUGAAGAGGUUGGAACUUGCAGCCAUUGAUCUUCAGCGAGCGAGUCGAGAGUUGUCCGUCGAUGAGAGGAAGCUGCAGAUGUUUAGCUGCACCUUACAGUGUCUGAUCCCAGUACUCUACGCUUCAAUGUUACUCACGGCUCCCUUCAAUAAUCAACAAGAACUAACUCAAAAUCAAGAUCAAAUACCUCCGUUAGAAGGAACUCAGUUCCCCAAGCCGCUGUGCCCGCUCCAUGAUAUGGCUGUCAUUGUUGGAGAUAAACAGAAACUAGCGGCUCUGGUCCAUUGUUUCGAAGUCUACCUCAAUCAAGGCAAAUCAUCUGAAACUUGGAGUAGUUACAACUGGGUCCUCAAUGAUUUCAUACCACGGUUGUUGGAGGUACUUGGCCGUCUUGAAGCUCUGCACAGAGACAGCGUCAAGUCAAUGUCCAAACUAUUUCUUCAUAUCUGUAGGACGUUUGGGAAGACCUUCACAGACACAAAGAUUAAACCCAAGUUUCAAGCAGUAUUAAACAUUCCAGAUGGCCAGUCAGAUGCUUUGGUAUUAUCAGGUCAGAUGCCAAUCAACCGAUCUACCCUUCCCGUUUACUGCUCGGGAGUUCUAGUUAGUUAUAAUCGUGAAGAUGAUCGUAAGCAACUGUCCCAGUACCUUCAAGACUCUCUGAUUACUCUAGCGUUGUGUGAUGCUCCAAUAGAUAGCAUCAGGAUCUCAUUCCUGGAACUACAUACUCAUCCCAACUUUCAUGAGCUGUUGUUAGCCACCCUCUGGAGCUGUGUCGUCCACGAGUCUCCAUUAGUCAGAUCAGCCACCGCUAAAGUAUUCGGUUCACUCGUCAAAGGUAUCAAUGAAGCGCUGGUAUCCAGCAGGGUGGUUCCUGCUCUCAUUACAUUGUCGGGAGAUCAGGAUAUAAAUGUUAAAAUCUCCACCAUUCCAGCAUUUGGGACAAUCUUAGAAAGCACAUCUCAAAAAGAAACUCUCGACAGAGUGUAUUCCCAGUUCCAAACAUUCCUAGAUGAUCCGGUUUAUAAAGAGGAAUACAGACUCCUUGAAGAGGUCAUCAUAACCUUCGGCAAAGUCGGACCGAAUGCUGAACCCAAAUUCAGAGAUGAAUUUAUGUUGCCUCGGUUUGCAGCUAUAGCGUACACUAAUAACAACACGACACAUGAGAAGAGACGAUCAACCAUAGCUAUGGCACUAUUUAGCGCUUACAGUGCACUCUCCUGUUGCUUCAUUUCUAAUGACCUGAUAUGGGAGUCUAUGCUACCGGGUCUGAGAUGUCUACGCCAGGAUCUUGAGGUCGUGUCGCCAGAGCACGAGGUUGUGGUUGGAUCGAUGAUUAAAGAAUUUGAAGCUAAACUUGGAGGGAAAGAAAGGUCAUCGUCGGUGACCUCUAGUAGCAGUACAGCGUCCAGUGGGUUCACCAGCAGUCUACCGCACAUGGAUGACACAAGACGGACCAUACUCAAUAAGAUUGGGGCUCAGAGAACUAAAGUAGCCAAAGUCUUUCACACUCGCAAGAAGUAAAACAUUGGUAAAAGAAGAUGAACUUUAGUUUAGAUUAGUCUUAUUGUCACAGAUAUCUCAUUUUAAAGUUUAGCUGAAAAAUGAGAGUUCAUUUCUAUUAAUUAAAGGUUGCCUUUUGGUGUGGGUUUUAUUCGCUCCUUCUGAAUCUUUUGUAUAGACUCAACUGGCACAGGGGUUGUUCCCAUUUUAGGAACAAUGUUCCCAUUUGUGGAACAUUGUUCCAAUUUUGGGUUCAUUGUUCCCAUUUGGGAACAUUGUUCCCAUUUGGGAACAUUGUUCCCAUUUAGUUCCUAUUUAGGUACAUUGUUCCCAUUUGGGAACAUUGUUCCAAUUUUGGGUUCAUUGUUCCCAUUUGGGAACAUUAUUCCCAUUUAGUUCCUACUUAGGUACAUUGUUCCUAUUUGGGAAAACUUUUCCUAUUUGGGUUCCUAUUUGGGAAUUUUUUUCCUAUUUGGGAACAUUAUGUUUCAAUAUUGAUAAUUUGCUUUAGUACAACACCUCAGCAUAGCGUACUGACCACGCCCCAGUUCGUAAUUGAUUAGAAAACAUCUUUUAUACAACAAUACAUAGUUGCUUAGGUUUACCAGUACUAUCAAAAUCAAAUUUUUGUAUUAAAAUAUCAUUCCCGUUUGUAAAAGAAAAGUUUACUGGUUUUGAUGUCGGACUUUCCUAGAUUAACAGUACUUUUAAAAAGAAACCAGAACCAGAGUUUAAAAAUAAAUGAAAUUUGCUUCCCUUAAAAAAAGAAGCUCUUCCUUAAUUUUCUUCAUACAUGUAUCAGAUGACAUGAAUACACACCAAAAUUAGCCCCUUUCACACGGAAGCAAUUUAGCAAGGGUCCCUGCAAUUUUACAAAAAGUACCUCGUGUGAAAGAACAACAAUUUGUUUUCCUACUGUCCAAGAUCUCGUGCAAAAUCUUAUCAGUUCAGUUUAGCCAGUUUACUGGUUACAGUACUGUGCCCAAUUUGAUAGAGCUGCUAAGCACACAAAUUUGCUUAGCAUG